UCAUGGUGGCGCUAGAGGAAAAGUCGUUUAGGCUUCGUCCUCUGGGAACCAUGAAUCUGUAAAAUGGUUUGUGCCUAUCUUUCUAAUGCUUGUUGAGCUAUUUCACGUGAUAAGUGAUAAAACAUUUACCUGCUGCUUUUGCUGGAGGAAAAGUCAGACUAUCACCAGUCAUUAGGGUUCAUCCUCCAGGAACCAUGAAUCUUUGUACGAAAUUUCAUGUUAAUCCAUCAAAUAGUUGUUUAGAUAUUUCAGUCUGGCUCCAGAGUGUUGCUAAAAAUAAUAAGCAGAAAUUAAUUUUAGUAUUAAAUGUUCAUACAAAGGGUAUAAAAGCAACAUUCGUCCUUCUUUGUACUCUUCAGCUUAAAUUCCAACAUAUAUUUACAAUCAUUUAUUCGAGACCACAUGAAAAGAGGAACUUGAACGUUGUCCUGUACGUCUGUCUGUUUCUGAUUAAGCAGUAAGCAGCUGAAUUACAUUACUUGUCUUAAGUGAUAGAAAUCGAGUCCAGCUGUCGUCACAAGUCACUGAUAUGAAAAUUAAAGUCAAAUUGCAAUUCUCUUCUCACUCUGUCUCCUGUAAACAUCAUGAAAUUUGACCUUUCUGAAGGUCAGGGCUGAAAGUGUGUUACGCCAAAGCUGCCAUAACAAAUCUCAGAUACACUGGAUAAUAGUCAUCCAGUGCAGUUUAGUCCUUUCACUGAAUGUACCAACCAAAUACAGCCGAGGCUUUGGUUCUGCACAGUUUCAUACGUGUAUUUUCAAAAUGGAAACAUGGAUUUAGACCUUGUUGCGCACUUUGUUUUUAUAGCCUAAGCCACUCCUAAACAGUUUUCUAACACAAACAGCAUGUAUUCUCCAUUUUUGAAAGUCAAAUUAGUCAUACAUAAGAGCCAUUUAAAUUUUGCAUGUGUGCAGUAACUCAACCAGCUACUGAUUGUCAUAUAACUACUCUAGUGUCCCGGAAACUGACUUUGACCUGGUGGUUUUUUUCCUUUUAAGCAGCUGCAGCAACAGCUCCAUCAGUGUGCUGCUCACAUUAGUGGACACGCAGACGAGUCCUACCAUCGUGAGACGCUGCUGUGAUGAUUCACUGAUACAAAUCGAGCAAAACAGAACCAGGAUGUGGCCCUUUAUAUUUUUGUGUAUAAUGGGACUAAACAUCCAUCAGGCUACUGGAAAAGGUAAAAUGAUUUGACUGAUAUGACUGUCUACAUGAGCAUAUUGUUUUUAGUGUAACAGUGAGCUGAGAGCACAUAUAGUGUCUUUUGAUGUCUGUCUGUUUGACAUGUUUCAGACAACUCAACACAAAUGCAUUAUGCCAAACUGACAAUAGAGAAAACGUCAAUCGACAAUAUAACUCAGAUACUGAAAUCUUUCAUGGCUAACGAAAACCUGCAAGUUGUUGACCCUCAAAUGACAACAACCUGUCGGAAUGUCUCGGCCGACAAAGAGUGCACAUGCGAGAAAGGCCACAGAUGGAGUGAUAAAGUUUGUCAAUCUGAUAAGAAAUGUUGUGGCAACGACAAAUGUACCUUCUCCCAAAACUCAGCUCACAUGUGUGUUUCAAACACCACAGUUACUAUGACAGGAUCUGUCACUAUGAACGGAACGUUUUAUCAAGAUUGUCUGGCAGAAGAAACCACUGACACGUUUAAGAAUUGUACUAGCAACUUGUUAGAAGAGAUGAAAAAAGUGUACAGCACUUUGAAGGGAUUUGAUGUCUUAAAAAUGAUCAAAUACAGCAUCGGAAGCAUCAUCGUAGAUUUUGAAAUGACCAUUGUUUUGGGCAUCGAGCCACAAGAUCUGAUUACGAAAUCACAAAGCCUGGCCGGUUUUCUGUCAGCCUCCCUAAAUCUGGAAACGACAGGUGUUGUCCAUUUAGAGAUGCCAGAGAACCCUGUGGAGUACAACUCCAAGCACCAGCUCACAUGCAAAUCAGCGUCAUUGCUGAACAACCAGCCAGUGUGGCAGCUGAAAAACCAUGAAAAAAUCAAUGUCAUAAAUAAUGGCACAGAAUCAGAGGUGAAAUCAGAGGCACGCCAAACCAGCCUCACUCUCAAAAACAUAACAGACAUCUGGGCAGGAGAGUACAGAUGUACCUAUCAUCAAAGUUCAAGAUCGUGCACCGUGGCUCACCGUGCCACUGCUGUACUGAGUGUUUCCCUCCUGCCAAACAUUGUCAUCACCACGGUUCCAGAAUUUCCAUUCUGUGUAAAAAAGGAUUAUGUGCAAGUAAAAGCCACAUGUGAGAUAACGAAAAGCGAUGAACCUUACGAUGUGACAUGGGAAAAGAAUAACGAUGCUAGCAUAACUUCAAAAGGACGUCGCAAUUCUUCUGAAGGAACUUUUGUUUAUGAAGCUGAGACAUUUGUUGCCUGCAAGGCAUCCAACCAGAUUCCACAAGUAACGUGCAAAUUUCGGAACAGGCGCAAUCAAACGAGAGAUGCUUCGGUUAAAAUCCAUAUCAUAAGCGAUCAUGAUAAAUUCUGUGAAGCUCAAGGUGAUUGGAAAGUUACCAAAGCUGGAUUUACAGCAGUGUUACAAUGCAAGGAUGCAGUUGGACAAAGACGAAGGGAAUGCAAUAAAAACGCUACAUGGAGAGAGGAAGAAUCAGAGUGUGUGAACCCGGAAGUGAAUAGUGUGUUCCAAAGUGCAACUAUUGUUAACAUUGGACUCGGCUCAGUAGAAGAAAAUGCUGCAAUAGUAUUUUCCCGCCUCGACAACAUCACUAAUAGAACAAACACUAUCAACACUUUCGCCAAUAUGAAAACAUCAGUUGAUGUACUCAUGACCUUGAGUGAAAAGCUAACCAACAUAGACAAUAAAUCAACGGUUGAUGACCUUCUGGACUCAUCCAGCAAUUUGCUGGACAAGUCUCUUGAAAACUCUUGGACAGGAAAAAACAACAAAGGCAAUUCUUCAGUGGCAGAGACGUAUCUGAGUUCUGUUGAACAAUUAAUUGAGAUUACAGAUAUAACAGGCAGCAGCAAAAAAACAAAUAUAGAGGUAGACAAGUGCAAGAAGGAACAGGGAUUGAAAUGUAGAAACACUGUGUUCAACGUAACAGUCGAUCUUGGUGGUUCAGCCAAUGGCAGUGUAAAAACAGCUGGAUUCCAACAACUGCAGAAUUAUUUGCCCCACAAAGAUGAGAAGACUGAGAUCAACAGCAUUGUUGUGUCAGCAACUGUUGAAAACAUAAUACAGAAUGAAGUUACGGUUGAAAUUAACUUCACAUUGAUCAGGCAGAGGCGUCGCCAUGUUAGGAUGCAGUGUGUCUCGUGGGACAACACCAACAGACAGUGGUCAGAUGAGGGAUGCGAAUGGCAGGGUUCUGAUAAGGAGGGAGUCUGCAUUUGCAAACAUUUGUCCUCAUUUGCUAUUUUAAUGUCUAAGGAGCCGUUGGAGAUUCCUGGGAUUAAUGAGAUAACCUUGGUCGGGCUGUCUGUAUCUGUCAUGUCUCUAAUUAUUAGUCUUGCGAUACAAGUGAUCGUCUGGAAUGGUGUAGUUAAAUCAAACGCUUUAUAUUUACGCCACAUUGCCCACGUAAACAUUUCUCUAUGUUUGCUAGUUGGAGAUUGCUGUUUUUUAGCAUCUUAUAAACCGGAAGCUCUUUCAGAAAUUUGGUGUAAGACUGUUGUGGUGUUGAAGCAUUUCUGUUACUUGUCCAUGUUCUUUUGGAUGUUGUGUCUGAGCUGCACGCUUCUUCAUCAAACAGUUUUCAUGUUUCACAAGGUGAGCAAGAAAAACUACCUGAAGUUCUCGUUAAUCCUGGGCUAUGCAUGCCCUUUUCUUAUUGUUACUAUCACAUUUCUUACCAACAACGGUGCUAAAGGCAAAUACUUCUCCACUGAGACCUGUUGGCUGGUUUAUAUCGGACUUUUAAAUGGGUCCAUCCAUACAUUUCUCAUUCCAAUUGGUAUAAUUAUUUUCAUCAAUGUGUUCGCCAUGCUGGUGGUAAUCAUGAAGCUUUUGGAUCAAUCUCCGAACAGAGCAAUAUGUAAUGAUAAAGAAAAAACAGCCGCCAAAACUGUCAUGAGGACAGUUAUUCUUCUGACUCCAAUCUUCGGUGUCACUUGGAUUUUUGGAUUUGGUGUAAUGCUGCUUGAUCUCUCAUCUGGAUACAUAGCGCUUGCAGUCAAUUAUGCCUUCACCCUAAUGAACGCAUUCCAGGGGCUUUUCAUUUUGUUGACCACAUGCCUGGGGGACAAACUGAUCCGUGACACACUGCUGAGUCAUUUCAAGAAAACUGUGAGAGCAUCCAUCAGUGACACCUCCACAAAGUUAGACUCCAUACGGAAGAAGUGAAAAUUGUCUGUGUUGUAUGUGUACUCAAAUCACAACAAACUACAUUGUGCACAUAAAACCACAAAUAAUAGCAUACUAAGCUACAUUUACUCUUUGAUGUGACUAUACUAUACUAUUUUAGUUUUGUUGUUUAUUUUGGUUUAUUGCCUGUGAUACAAGUUUAAAUCCACUGUAUGAUACUGUAAUGUUUGUUAAUUUCCAAGCUGCAUCUUUUGUUGCUUUAUAAUACCCAGAUAUUAAUAUCAGAUGUGAUUUAAGCAAUACUGUAUAUUACUUAAUUUUUUAUUGCACUGGAAAUCCACAGCAAAACUCUACCUGAGAGGCUACAUGGAUGUAACUCUUGUUUACACUAGUAUAAUGUUGUGUAAGGUGAG